GAAGAAAACUGUAGAAACAUGAUAGAGUUGGAGGGAAAAAUAUUUUACUAAAACACAGACAUGAAGGUGAAAAUAAAGCAGUGGAACGGUGUGGCGUCCUGGUUGUGGGUGGCCAAUGAUGAAAACUGUGGAAUCUGCAGAGCUCCUUUCAAUGGCUGCUGCCCAGAUUGUAAAGUCCCUGGGGAUGACUGUCCAUUAGUGUGGGGCCAGUGUUCUCACUGUUUCCACAUGCACUGCAUCCUUAAAUGGCUCAACUCCCAGCAAGUCCAGCAGCAGUGCCCCAUGUGCAGACAGGAGUGGAAAUUCAAAGAGGGAGAGACUGGGUGAGAUGCUGAAAUGAACCAUGAUGUUGCUACGAUGGAACACUGACACGAAGAUUUGAACCUGCCCUAUCAGUACACAGAGAUGUUAUGACAUUUUGUUUUUAAUUUGAAACAUGUUUACCGCUGUUCCAGUGAAGUCUUUUUAUAUAUAUAUAUAUAUAUAUUUGCACUUUUCUUACUGUGCCAGUUUUUGCUACAUGACACAAGGGGACAUACAUAAGUAAGUCCUUAACCUUAACGACUUACUUAUGAACUGUUUAAGGUAUUAUGAUGCCCUGUAAGGUCAGGUCGUUGCUUGUGAUUUUUGUAGAACUAUUUUUGUCUGUUGGAAACAUAAGCAAAACAAUGUGUCAGUAUGAAUUAUGCAAAUAAAACCUGUAGAUAUACUAA